CGGCGCGGGGGCGGGUGCUGGGCCGCUGCUGAGAGUUCACUGCCGGGAAGGGCAGGGCAGGGCCGGCGCGCUGAGUGGUGGGUAGCCGGGCAGGCUCUGCAGCCUCCUGGAGCUGGGAGAGCUGUUUGGGACCCAGUGCGGGGAGACGAGUUCUGGACCUGGGGGACCACAGACUCUGUACUUUCCCUGCUGUGCCUCCUCCUUUUCUCACUGCCCCGGAGCCCUGGGGGGAUCUUUGGAGAAUUGCUCUAACUACCCCAAUCCCCUCGGCCAAUUCCAUCCUGAGUCAGUAGCCCUGGAAUCCGAUUUUAUCCCACUGAGCUAGUUUCCCCGAGCUUUCUCAGCUUUCCAGGGCCCUCCCUUAGCCCUUCUCCAGCCCCUGGGACCCCUGCCCUGAGCCCCAGCCUGCUCCUCCCCCGGUUGGCCCUGCUGGCAGGUGGGCCCACACCACCAGUUCUCCCGCAGUGCGCUCUGCCCUCGAGGAGCCACACCUCACUGGAGUCCAGGUGCCAACAAGCAGCAGGCUCCAUUAACGGGGAGAUCCGGAGGGGUCAGGAAAGACGUCUGAGGAGACAGGACUUUUGGGCAGGUCUUAAAAGACUGGGUAGGAUUCUGACAGGGGAGGAAGGUCAUUUCAAACUGAAGGAAGUGCACGAACAAAAUUAGGAAAGUUUCAGCAAGAAUUCAGAGGGUUGGGGGCAAGCUCAGAAAAGUGGCUUGUGUGGGUCAGGUGCCUGGGCUCUGUAUGUAACUUAGGACUUCAGGGAGGUGACUGGUGGCUGGGUGAGGAAUUGAAAUGGGUGAGACUGAACGCAGAGGCCAGUAGGAGAAGGGAGUCCCAGAAGUCUGCGGAGAAUCUGAGGUCCUACAGGAGCAGUAGCCUCAUGUAGUACAAAGGCUGGCAAAGCAGGGGGUAGGACUGUUUCCACCAUCUGAAGGAGGGGAGAAGGGCUUCAAGACAAAGAGGCCAGGUUUCUAGUGUAAGUGGUGUGAUGGGAAGAUAUGCAGUGAAGGGGAGGGGCAAGGAGUUCAGUUCUGCAGUUCUGAAGUUUAAAGCAUGGACAAGGUAUCCAUCUGCUGAUGUCAAGUGGGAAGUUCAUUUAUUUAUUUAUUCAUUAUUUAUGCCAGCCUCAAAGUCAUAGAGAAGAGAAAAUGAGAAAACCAUUAAAACUCAGCUAGAAGGACCUGAUAGCUAGGGAACAAACACAGAGCAGGGAGAUGAUUGUCCGUGGAAAAGGUAAGCUCAGAAAAGUCACUGAAAAUGCACACUGGACUCAUCUGAGCUUGCUGGCAGCCAAGCCAAAAAAAAAAAAGGACACUUAAAUAAAGCAGUUCACUAGGCUGGAACUCAGGAGAGAGGCGUUAGUGAAGGCUCAGGGGAGAGCCAAUAGGUGGUAGGAGAUAAAAUGGGAUCACUCAGGUGGGGGACUUAGGGAGGCGAUCUGAGGGCCAUGGUGGGGCUUUGGCGAUGCUGACGCUGGAAAGGCUGACACUGUUCUGAGGACGAAGGCCCUUCCUUGGCCUGCACGGGGCGGGGCGGGCAGGAAGGUGGGGGGUGUAUGUGGUCCAUCCACACCAGUCUCCUUGCAGGGCAACAGGAUAGAAGUGCUGUGCUAAGUCUCCUGGGCUCUGACCUUCUUUUCUGCCAUGAGGUGGGGCCGCCAUUUGCCCAGAGCCUCUUGGGGCUCUGGUCUGGGCAGAUUACUCCAGACACCAGAGGAACAUGUCCCUUUCCCGAUGCACUGGAGUUGGCCCCUUAAAGGGGAGCCUCCCCUUGCACCCCAUAGGGCCUUUAUACGCCACUGUGGAAGCUCAGCCAGAAAUGGUCCCCCCUCAGGGAGGCAUGGACAGUUGUUCCGGAGCAUCUCUGCAGCUGAAGCUAUCCAGCGGCACCGCAGGAACCUGGCCGAGUGGUUCAGUCGGCUGCCCAGGGAGGAGCGCCAGUUUGGCCCAACCUUUGCACUAGACACGGUCCAUGUAGACCCUGUGAUUCGCGAGAGCACCCCUGAUGACCUGCUUCACCCACCAGCAGAGCUGGUCCUGGAGCAUCAGCCACGCCUGGCCGGGCUCCCCCCACUGGCCCUGUCUCAGCUCUUUGACCCAGAUGCCUGUGGGCGCCGGGUGCAGACAGUGGUGCUGUACGGGACCGUGGGCACAGGGAAGAGCACGUUGGUGCGCAAGAUGGUCCUGGACUGGUGUUACGGGCGGCUGCCAGCCUUCGAGCUGCUCAUCCCCUUCUCCUGCGAGGACCUGUCAUCCCUGGGCCCCACCCCAGCCUCCUUGUGCCAGCUUGUGGCCCAGCGCUACACACCCCUGAAGGAGAUUCUGCCUCUGAUGGCUGCUGCUGGUUCCCGUCUGCUCUUUGUGCUCCACGGCUUGGAGCAGCUCAACCUCGACUUCCGCUUGGCUGGCACCGGGCUUUGCAGUGACCCUGAGGAGCCAGAGGCACCAGCUGCCAUCAUUGUCAACCUGCUGCGCAAAUACAUGCUGCCGGAGGCCAGCAUUCUGGUGACCACCCGGCCCUCUGCCAUUGGCCGCAUCCCCAGCAAGUAUGUGGGCCGCUACGGUGAGAUCUGUGGCUUCUCUGAUACCAACCUGCAGAAGCUCUACUUCCAGCUCCGCCUCAACCAGCCAGACUGUAGGUACAGUGCUGGGGGUGCAGGUGUCUCAGCCACACCAGCUCAACAUGACAACCUGGUAGAGAUGCUCUCCCGGAACCUGGAGGGGCACCACCAGAUCACUGCUGCCUGCUUCCUGCCAUCCUAUUGCUGGCUAGUCUGUGCCACCCUGCACUUCCUGCAUGCCCCCGUACCAGCUGGACAGACCCUCACGAGCAUCUACACCAGCUUCCUGCGUUUAAACUUCAGUGGGGAGAUGCUGGACAGCACUGAUCCCUCCAAGCUGUCCCUGAUGGCCUAUGCAGCCCGAACCAUGGGCAAGUUGGCCUACGAGGGGGUGUCUUCCCGCAAGAUCUACUUCUCUGAAGACGAUGUCCGUGGUUGCCUGGAAGCUGGCAUCAGGAUGGAAGAGGAGUUUCAGCUGCUGCAUGUCUUCCGCCGGGAUGCCCUGAGGUUUUUCCUGGCUCCGUGUGUGGAGCCGGGGCACCCAGGCACCUUUGUGUUCACUGUGCCUGCGAUGCAGGAAUACCUGGCUGCACUCUACAUCGUGCUGGGUUUGCGUAAGACGACGCUGCAGCGUGUGGGCAAGGAAGUGUCUGAGUUAGUGGGUCGUGUUGGGGAGGACGUCAGCCUGGUCCUGGGCAUUGUGGCCAAGCUGCUGCCCCUGAGGGCCCUGCCUCUGCUCUUCAACUUGCUCAAGGUGGUUCCAGGAGUGUUCGGGCGUGUGGUGGGCAAGAGCCGCGAGGCCGUGGCCCAGGCCAUGGUGCUGGAGAUGUUCCGAGAGGAGGACUACUACAACGACGACGUCCUGGACCAGAUGGGGGCCAGCAUCCUGGGCGUGGAGGGCCCCCGCCGCCACCCUGAUGAGCCCCCCGACGAUGAGGUCUUUGAGCUUUUCCCCAUGUUCAUGGGGGGACUUCUUGCCGCCCACAACCGUGCCAUGCUGGCUCAGCUCGGCUGCCCCAUCAAGAACCUGGAUGCCCUGGAGAAUGCCCAGGCCAUCAAGAAGAAGCUGGGCAAGCUGGGCCGGCAGGUGCUGCCCCCCUCGGAGCUCCUUGACCACCUCUUCUUCCACUACGAGUUCCAGAAUCAGCGCUUCUCCGCUGAGGUGCUCAGCUCCCUGCGCCGGCUCAACCUGGCGGGUGUGCGCAUGACACCCCUCAAGUGCUCGGUGGUGGCUGCUGUGCUGGGCAGCGGAAGGCACGCCCUGGACGAGGUGAACUUGGCCUCCUGCCAGCUGGCCCCUGCUGGGCUGCGCACACUCAUGCCUGUCCUCCUGCGUGCCCGCAAGCUGGGCUUGCAACUCAACAGCCUGGGCCCUGAGGCGUGCAGGGACCUCCGAGACCUGCUGCUGCAUGACCAAUGCCAAAUUACCACCCUGCGGCUCUCCAACAACCCGCUGACGGCUGCGGGGGUGGCCGUGCUGGUGGAGGGGCUGGCCGGAAACACCUCGCUGACACACCUGUCCCUGCUGCACACGGGCCUUGGGGACGAGGGCCUGGAGCUGCUGGCUGCCCAGCUGGACCGUAACCAACAGCUUCAGGAGCUGAACGUGGCCUACAAUGGUGCUGGUGACACAGCAGCCCUGGCCCUGGCCACGGCUGCCCGGGAGCACCCUUCCCUGGAGCUGCUGCACCUCUACUUCAACGAGCUGAGCUCGGAGGGCCGCCAGGUGCUGCGGGACUUGGGGGGCACCACGAAAGGUGCCCGGGUCGUGGUGUCGCUGACCGAGGGGACAGCAGUGUCCGAGUACUGGUCGGUGAUCCUUUCUGAAGUCCAGAGGAACCUCAACAGCUGGGAUCGGGGCCGGGUGCAGCGCCACCUUGAGCUCCUGCUGCAGGAUCUGGAAGACAGCCGAGGAGCCACCCUUAACCCCUGGCGCAAGGCCCAGCUGCUGCGGGUGGAGGGCGAGGUCAGGGCUCUCCUGGGACAGCUGGGAGGCUCUGGAAGCUGAGACAGCGGCAGCCAGCACCUAGCUGUGUGACCCCUUCCCUGGGGGGCCUCUUCACUUGCACUAUUCCUUCUAGAAAGAUCCCUUUGGGGCUGGAGGCAAAGGAAUGGGCUUGGCUAUGCCAGUUGCCCUCCAGGGCUUUGUGUGACCACUGCUGCCAAGCCUAGAAUUUCCCUGGAACAUGCCUCCUCUCCCUUCAGCUAGAAGGACUGAAGGACGGGGCAUUUUGGUGGCCAGACUGCCUGAUAGCACCACCACCAACCUCAACGAGCUCUCCUCUCAGAGCAUCCUUGGUUGUGCCACAGGAGGCCCACUUCCUACGUCUGUCCAGCCAGGGGUGUUGCCGUGUGGAUGUGUUGGGGGACCUCCACCUUUUGCCUUUAUGUGUAUCUGGGGACGGUGAGGGUGCCCACAGCCACUUUGCUCCCUCAUUAGUGCUUUCUCCGGACACUCAGGGUACUGGUGCUCAGAGGCCCCUGCGGGCAUGUGUGCUUCCAUUAAAAAGCUGUGUGUCUUCCACUUAC